AUGGGCGACUCUGCCCAGCCCUCUCUCGACAAUGAGCGCCCGCCCAAGCGCCAGAAGUCCAUGACCGUCAUUGCCUGCAAUUCCUGCAAGCGCCGCAAGUCCAAGUGCAACGGCGCUCGCCCGGCCUGCGACAGGUGCCUGCGCCUGAACGAGCAAUGCCACUACGAGCUCGACAGCACCAUCAGCCGCCAGGACGGCCUCAAGCGCCGCCUGCGCGAGGUGACGGCCAGGUCCGACGCCCUCGAGGCCCUGGUCGCCCAGUUGCGCUCUGCCUCUGACCAAGAGGCCGCCGACCUCAUUCGCCUGCUGCGGCAAGGCGCCGAUGUCCAAGACCUUGCCGAUCGCACGAGCGCGCCCUCCAGCAGCAGGCUGAGCAGCAUCGCCGACGAGGACAACCACCAGUCGUACCCGUCGCCACCCGUCGAAGACUCGGGCUUCAAGGUGCCAUUGUUGUCGAUGACGGGCGCCGACUGGAGGCGCGCCGCCUCUUCCCGCACCAGCGAUAGCCAGGACGACGAUAAGGAACAGAGCAUUGGCUCUACACGCUCCUCAACCCCCUGGGCCGAUCCCUCCUCUCCUCUGCCAAGACUGCAGCAGGCUAGUGCUUCGGGCGAGUCGGAGCUGCCGCCGCUUAUUCCGCAGCACAAGCGCCGGAGGUUGGGCCCGCUGACCGUUUCCCGCGGCUAUGUUGAAGCCUUUGGAAAUAUGUCUACCUCUAGCUCUAUCAUGGCCGGCCAUUACCCCGUCGAGAUUCAGAAACAGCAGGUCUCGAACUUCCAAAUCCCAGUCCAUUUCCUCCAGCCGUGCUGGGAGCUCGACGAUGCUCCUUUCUCACGCGUCGUCCAAGACUACCGGAAUCUUGCUCGCAUGCAUUACGCCAGCAAGCCCUUGCCCGACCUCUCUCGUAUCGACGUUACAUACUUCUUUGUCGACCGAGCCCUUACUGCGGGAGAUGUUCCAUCCGUCUCGACGUGGGCUUCGGAGAUGAACAAGAGCUUUGAAGAUGUCGACGUUUUUUGGAUGAUCAAUCCAACCGCCGAGACGUAUGCGAAGAUGCCGGACUUGAUCAAGCCGACCCCAAUGCAGAUGAUGGUCCCACACAUUUCCCCGCUAGAUACAGUACCACUACCAGCACUUCGCGAAGCAUUGGUCGACGAUCUUCGAGACUGGGUCACCGCGUGCGCGGGCUCGCUCUCCGUAAACUGGCCACAUGGAAUGGACCUGGCUGUGGAAAAAGAUCCUAUCGACGGCCACUUUUACUUGACACAGGAAUUUCUUGACCAUGCUUGUAACCCGACCAACUGUGACCACAGAUACGCCCAAAUCACCCAAGGCAUCCAUCAGCCCAUUUGGGGAAGAUUUGUCCAAGAAACCAAUAUCACCUGGCACGCUCAGAGCAUCUGUUCCGCUAUCUCUGCGCAAUUCAGCCCCCGAGACAGCUUCUGGUUUUUUGAGAUGUUCGAGGAAUCCCGCCGUCACAGUCUCGGUGUCAAAAUUCGACCGCAAGACGACGGUCCCCUCCAACUCUCAAAAGAAGCCAUUGAACAUAUCUCAUCCGGGGCAAGAAUCGUUCGUUAG